CGUGAACUGCAGUGCCAGUGGCAGACCCCCGCGUCCUUAAUCUCAAAGAUUCAAUAAAAUCCCCCGCAUCAAUCGCCGGGAGCAACUGUUACUAUCGCCCCGACGACGAGAACAACAUCACCACGGCUCACGCCGCUAUAAAUUGACAACACAAGCAUCAUGACAAACUCAAUCCUCAACUCAUCCCUCAUGCAGCGUUCACGCAAGAUGAAGUGCCUAUCUUCCAUUUUCCUACCCUGCUUGCAGGCACGGAAGCUCCGCCGUCAGCGACGGCAGGAUUACCAUGCCUCUUGGACAUGUGCAGGUAUCUCAGAACUUGCGCAGCCUACUGAGCCCUUCCCGGCCUAUGAGCACGAGAAGCACCACCACGAAACAACGGAAUUAUCAGCUCUGCCAGACCAACCUCAAGAUGCUGUCACCAAGACCCCACAGAUGACACCGUCCAUCCGUCUCGUCAAUCCUGCGGACUCAGAAUGCUCAACGCUGGACGACCCGGAUGAGAAGCAGCCACGAGGCGUCCAAGAUGAUACCGCUGCGAAGCAGACCGGCACGCUCUCAGACGAUGACACUGACGUCGAUUCCAGCUCUGAAAAGACCUCUCGAGUCAUUGACAUGAAGGUCGGGCCUCAGACUGAAGAACUUCUCCCUCCAAAAGCCCAUCUGUCGCCUAAAAGCAAAGACGACAUUGAUCUUGAGCUGUCUAGCCGCCGCAUUCCCCGCAGCCCAGACAAAAAGCCUCGUCCUGCCAGCAUGGACGUGCCUCCCAGCGCAGCAGCCAAAUUGCCAGAGAUCAAGAGCCGUAUCAUUGAGGACAUUCCCGAGGAUGUUGAAGAAGAGGACAAGCAGGAUGCGGACAUAAACCACGCUGGUGUGACAGACGAGAAAGUAAAGACAGAGGAAGAGCACGACUUGGAGACUGCCACCACCAAGCCUACCAAGCGCACCUCAACCUGGCGUCUCAGCCAGCGCAAAUCGAUGAACGAGCUUUUCAACCUUCUCCAAUCCACCGCCGCAGCUGUCGCCGCAGCCCCCAAACUAUCUAACCUCAAAUUCGCCAUUCCUCCCAAAUCCCCUCUUCGCGCAGCAUCUCCUACGAACGAGUCACCACACCAUUCCUACGUCUCAUCCAUCUCCUCCACGUCCAUCCGCCCGCCCACCCCUCCUCCCAAAUCCCCCGUCCUCAAACCCAACAGCAGACCCCUCCCCGACCCAGCCCAGCUCUCGUCAUCCGCGCCACCUGCUCCAGGAACUAGCUUGGGAAGCCUCAGCUCAAGUCCUACCAAGAAGCAACGCCGAAUGGGCACCGCUGUCUUCCCUCUCCUGCCGUGCAAAUGGGCCGGUAUUCACGACGGUGAUUCGGAGGAGAAGCACAGCAACAAUACUAACCGCAACAGCCAGACUCUUUUUCAGUAGCGACGGAGUUAGGUGUACCGGUUCAAGGCUUGUCUGUUUUUGAUGCGGUGAUUGUGACUGAUUUGGCUAGGGUUGACUGUUUCUUUUGAUUGGGAUUCUUUCUUUUCUUCUGUAUUUUCUUUGUUUUU